GAGACCACAAAGGAGAUGCUGUUGUUAGGUCUCUUCCUCAUGAUAUGCCACAAGUCCCAUACCAUCCUGAACAGCAAACCUUGGCCCGAGGACAUAUUCACGAACAACACCACCUUGACCCAGUUCUACGAGAAUGAUUCGUAUCGGGUCUUGGACUAUGAACGAUUCGAGUGGAAUUGGAUGAACACAUCGGCCAGCGACAGCAGACUUAAGAUGAACCAUCGGGUCGAGAAGAAACUUCGGAUCGAGGACUUGAAAGUCGACUGGCCUGUCAAACGGUCUUGCGAGAUCCCUGGGGACUUCCUGCUAGGAGGACUGAUGAUGGUUCAUGAACGAGAGGACACAAUCACCUGCGGGCCUGUAAUGCCGCAAGGAGGGGUACAGGCAGUUGAGACGAUGUUGUACACGCUGGACAUAGUCAACAAUCGUUCCAAACUGUUCACCAUAGGAGCCCAUAUUUUGGACGAUUGCGAUAAAGACACCUACGGCUUGGAAAUGGCCGUCGACUUUAUCAAAGGUUCCAUUAGCAAUUUGGACGAUGCAGAGCUGACCUGCAACAAGACUCAAGUUCGAAAAGUUAUAUCCGGAGUCGUCGGGGCCGCUUCGAGCGUGACGUCCGUCCAAGUCGCUAACCUCCUUCGAUUGUUUAAAAUACCCCAAGUAUCUUACUUUUCAACGAGCCCAGAACUGAGUAACAAACAACGCUUCGAAUAUUUCACCAGAACGAUUCCAUCGGAUCAUCACCAGGUUCACGCGAUGGUCGAGCUUGUGAAAAAGCUCGGUUGGAGCUACGUGUCCAUUAUUUACGAAGAGUCAAACUACGGUAUUAAGGCGUUCGAAGAACUUGAGGUGCUACUGGCCAAGUACGAUAUUUGCAUAGCUGUCAAGGAGAAACUCGUGAAGGACUCGGGUGUGGCUGAGGAUAACGUUUAUGACAACAUCAUACUGAAAUUGCAGACAAAACCGAGAGCAAAGGGGGUCAUUAUAUUUGGAUCGGACCAGGAAGUUGCGGAGCUGAUGAGAGCGGUGAAAAGGUGCAACGCUACCGGGAGUUUUUCCUGGAUCGGUUCGGACGGUUGGAGUGCCAGGGAUCUCGUGUCAAACGGGAACGAGGAUCAAGUCGAAGGAACUUUGUCGGUACAACCGCAGGCAAAUCCGGUAAAAGGAUUCGAGGAUUAUUUUCUCUCCUUGACUGUUGAAAACAACAAACGAAAUCCUUGGUUCAUAGAAUUUUGGGAAGAUCAUUUUAAAUGCAAAUACCCCAACAGCACCCCUACCCCUUACAACAUCAGGUUCGGCAGGGAAUGCACACUCAACGAGAAACUUGACAAAGAAAACGUCGUAUUCGAAAAACAAUUGCAGUUCGUCAGCGAUGCAGUCAUGGCGUUAGCUAUCGCGCUGCACGAUAUGCACAAGGACCUGUGUGGAAAUUACAAAGGGGUCUGCAGCAAAAUGAACCCAACGAAAGGACCAGAUCUGCUGAGAUAUUUACGAAAAGCAAGUUUUGAAGGCCUGUCAGGAGCAAAAUUUCACUUCGACGCAAAUGGUGAUGGCCCAGCUCGUUACAACAUAGUUCACUUCAAACAGAUCUCACCCGGAAACUACCAAUGGGUGACUGUCGGUGAAUACAUAGAAGGAGAGCUGAGACUAAGCAUGAGCGAAAUCAAGUUCUAUACGGGGACACAAGUCCCGCCCGAAUCGGUCUGCAGCCUGCCGUGUUCAAUUGGUCAGGCGAAGAAAUACGUCGAAGGAGAAAGGUGCUGCUGGCAUUGUUUCAAUUGCAGCCAGUAUCAGAUUUUGGAUGCAAAUGAUGAAACACAAUGUCUUUCAUGCCCUGGGGGAACUCUGCCUGAUGUAAACCAGCAAUUCUGCGACCCUUUGCCUGAAGUCUAUCUGAGGAUUGAAACAGGCUGGGCAAUCGGUGCAAUCACACUGUCAGUUAUUGGAAUAAUUAUUACACUGUUUGUCGUAGUCGUGUUUGCGAGGAAUAACAACACGCCCAUAGUAAAAGCAGCCGGUAGAGAAUUAAGUUACGUGCUAUUAUCAGGGAUCUUGCUCUGUUAUUCAAUAACUUUUGCCCUCGUUAUGAGACCGAGUGACAUAGUGUGUGGAAUUCAAAGGUUCGGAGCAGGGUUUUGCUUCACUGUUGUGUACGCUGCUUUGCUAACAAAAACAAAUCGUAUCUCAAGAAUUUUUAAAGCAGGAAAACGUACUACAAAAAGGCCGAGUUUUAUAUCCCCAAGGUCUCAACUAAUAAUUUGUGGUUUUCUAAUAAGCAUUCAGAUUAUAGUGAAUAUUCUAUUAAUGAUUGUUUCUCCGCCAAAAGCAAUUUAUUAUUAUCCAACAAGGGAAGAUAAUCUUCUUGUGUGCUCUUCUUACAUCGACGCUUCAUACAUGGUUGCGUUCGCAUACCCAAUUUUGUUAAUACUUGUCUGUACAGUUUAUGCAGUCUUGACACGAAAUAUACCAGAAGCAUUCAACGAAUCUAAACAUAUUGGGUUUACAAUGUACACGACAUGUAUUAUCUGGCUGGCGUUUGUUCCUUUAUAUUUUGUUACUGGAAAUCACAUGCCUCUUCGCAUUACUAGCAUGUCUGUUACGAUAAGUUUGUCUGCAAGUGUAACAGUCAUUUGUCUAUUUUCUCCAAAGCUUUAUAUAAUUUUGGUAAAACCAGAAAGAAAUGUCCGCCAAAGCAUGAUGCAGUCUAAAAGGAGCGCGUUGAAAACAGGAACUACUGCUAGUGUCAUGGUCGGGACACUUCCUAUUGCUCAUCCACUUGUUACUUCCGAAUCAUUAUUGAAAUUUCAACAAGGCACAGGUCUGCCUGAGAUCAAAACACUAUCCGGCCAUAUUUCCAAAUUCACCCAGACGUCGCCAAAGCAUAAUUCAGACGGGUUCAUCAAACACGAACAGAGCAACUGUCACACGACAUAGCAGAAAAAAGUCAUUAAAAAGCUCAGAGCUUACCGCAACUCGAAAAGAAGGCCAGUUGUAGUAUAGGAAUUGUUUAUAAUUGAUUUUGAAUUGUGUAAUGUAAAAUAAAAUAAAUAUUUAAGGGCAGAAGCCUAUAAACGACAAUCUGAUUCCCCUCAGCGUUAUUGAAAGCUCAAUUCAAUAGUUUUAAUAGUGCUUGUUUUACUCUCGAUAUGUUAUAACUAUUUAUAAAUGAUGGUUUGACCACCCCUAACUUUGUUAACAC